AGGGAGAGAGGCGCUGAGCUGCUGAAGCGAGUCAGACAGAGACGAGCACUACGGAAGGAUAGGGGUGCAGAAACAGCUUUGUGAGUGGUGUUCCCCGAAAUACUGUGGGAAGAGAUGGUUUUGUCUUCAGGAUUGACAUAACAGUUAAAGGUGACACACUGAAAAUGGCCCCAAAUUCCAUCCACUGGUUUCGGAAGGGCCUGCGUCUUCAUGACAACCCUGCGCUUCAGGAGGCAGUGCGGGGUGCAGGCACCAUCCGCUGUGUGUACUUUUUGGACCCCUGGUUUGCCGGGUCCUCCAACCUUGGGGUCAACAGGUGGAGAUUUCUCCUUCAGUGCCUAGAUGAUCUCGACUCCAAUCUCCGGAAACUCAAUUCCCGCCUUUUUGUCAUUCGAGGUCAACCAGCCAAUGUUUUCCCACGUCUCUUCAAGGAGUGGGAAAUAUCCAGGUUGACUUUUGAGUAUGACUCAGAACCAUUCGGAAAGGAGCGGGAUGCUGCCAUUAAGAAGCUUGCGAUGGAGGCUGGGGUGGAAGUCAUCAUCAAGAUCUCACAUACACUGUACAAUCUGGACAAAAUCAUUGAGUUGAAUGGUGGUCAGCCGCCCCUCACCUACAAGCGUUUCCAGACGCUAAUCAGCCGCAUGGAUCCUCCAGAGAUGCCGGUGGAGACCUUGUCCAGUGCUUUCAUGGGCUGUUGCAUCACGCCUGUAUCUGAAGACCAUAGUGAAAAAUAUGGCGUGCCUUCUUUGGAAGAGCUGGGGUUUGACACAGAAGGACUGCCCUCUGCUGUCUGGCCAGGUGGGGAGACUGAAGCGUUAACAAGGAUUGAGAGACAUCUGGAGAGAAAGGCUUGGGUAGCAAACUUUGAGAGACCAAGGAUGAAUGCCAACUCCCUCUUGGCCAGCCCCACAGGCCUGAGCCCAUACCUUCGCUUCGGCUGCCUCUCCUGUCGCCUCUUUUACUUCAAACUUACAGACCUCUACAGAAAGGUGAAAAAGACCAGCACCCCUCCCCUCUCCCUCUAUGGACAGCUACUGUGGCGAGAAUUUUUCUACACCGCCGCCACCACCAACCCACGCUUCGACAAGAUGGAGGGCAACCCCAUUUGUGUGCGUAUCCCCUGGGAUAAAAACCCAGAGGCAUUGGCCAAGUGGGCUGAGGCUAAGACUGGUUUCCCCUGGAUUGAUGCCAUCAUGACCCAGCUGAGGCAGGAGGGCUGGAUCCACCACCUGGCCCGGCAUGCUGUGGCCUGCUUCCUCACCCGAGGAGACCUAUGGAUCAGCUGGGAGGAGGGCAUGAAGGUGUUUGAGGAGCUCUUAUUGGACGCUGACUGGAGUGUGAAUGCAGGCAGCUGGAUGUGGCUCUCCUGUAGCUCCUUCUUUCAGCAGUUCUUCCACUGCUAUUGUCCGGUGGGCUUUGGUCGGCGCACUGACCCUAACGGCGAUUUUAUUAGACGCUAUUUACCUGUUCUCCGAGGUUUUCCGGCCAAGUACAUAUAUGAUCCGUGGAAUGCCCCAGAUUCAGUGCAGGCUGCAGCAAAGUGUAUCAUCGGAGUCCACUACCCCAAGCCCAUGGUCAACCAUGCGGAGGCCAGCCGCCUUAACAUUGAGAGGAUGAAGCAGAUCUACCAGCAACUUUCCCGAUACAGAGGACUAGGACUUCUGGCCUCAGUGCCAUCUACACAUAAUGGGAAUGGGAAUGGUAUGGCCUACUCUCCAGGAGAACAGCACUCUGGGACCAACACACCAGCACUUGUGUCAAGCAGUUCUGUUGCCAGUGGUAACAGGAGUGGAAGUAUUCUGCUGAACUUCGACAGUGAGGAGAAUCAGGGACCAAGUGGGAUUCAGCAGCAACAGCAGCAGCAGCUAGGCUACCACCAAAUGCCAGACUCUAGCCAGGUCAUUGGAAGCAGCAGUCAGCUUUACCACUCCAAAAUCUCUCAUGAGAUAUCAGGUCCUCACCAUCCAGGAUGUCUGCUUCACACAGGAGGAAGUGUCACAGGUAAGAGGGAAAGAGAAUCGGAACGCAAUGCUGAAGGAGAUGAUGACACCCUUUCCACCUCUCACAAGCUACAGCGACAAAUUGCCGAAAUCACUUCUGUCCAUGCAGUCAACAGGAAUCAGUCUAGUAUGAAGAGCUAGAGGGACAUAUCAUCAACUGAAGUGAGCAAACACAGCACUGAACAACUGAACACAGCACAUUGUGAAGUGUAUCUCUUAAAACCAGCUUUGUAGAAAUGGAGGUUAAGAUUGGUCUGUUUUUUAAUUUUUGUUUCUUUUUUCUUUUUUUUUGAGGGUAUAGGGUGUUAGGGUGAAUUACCUUGGGUCAUGUAUUGGUCAGAAAAGGGGUAAGAGGAUGAACACCAUUUAAAGACAAAAUCAAGAAAAACAAAUCCAUUCCCACUCUCAAAUUUCUUUUGAAAUAUUAAAAUGUUUCAUUUUUGUUACUUACCUGUACAUAAAUGUCACAUCCUUUUACACGAAACUGAUACCUUAUCAUGAAACAUUUUACAUCAAGCAUUAUGUAGAGAUUUUUAAAGUAGGCAGUCUUUCAGGAGUAUUUUUAUGCAGCCGGUUAGGAGAUCUUUACUACCAGCACCUGCCUGUUGUUGGAUGCGUAUUAUAGCUGCACUGGAAUAUACUAUUACUUUUUUCAUCACUAGUUCCUUUCUCAAAUUCUCAAAAAAUGGUACAUUACUAUUUUUUUGUAAUCAAAAGAUUUAUAGUUAGAUUUUAUAUAUGAUUAUUUUGUUAGUCCCUGUUGAAUGUAUCAGUGUUUCAACUGUGCAUAAAUAUGAACUGCAAACAGAACAUAGUAAAAUGGAAAAAAGAUUCCUGGACACUGUAGCAUGGUAGAUGAUGACAAUUGAUUUGUAAAUAUUUGCUGUACAAUUUUAAUGAUUCAGAUUUGUUCUGGGUAUUUAGGUACCCCUCUACUGAUCUGGCCAUUUCUGUUUUGUGUACAAAGAACUAUGUAACAUAAGCAGAUGAUUCUAGGAUAUUUUAUAGUGCAGUGGUGUUCAGAGAAUCAAAAGGCAUCCAUGUUGUAAAGGUCCUCUGACUAAUUUGGAUUGACUCUAGUGUAUUUUUGUAUUUUCCGCGGUCAAACGGGGCCGGACCUCAGCCAGCAGAUGCCUAAUGUCAGGGCCUCAAGCACAAAGAAGCACUGCAAAGACUGAGGUGUGAAUCUAGAAAGCUAAACUGUAUACCAGCUAUUGAUCACUACAGAUUUAUAGUGAAUGAGUCUUACGGUUUAUUGUAAAUUGACUUUAUAUUGUAAACCGCCUCCUUAAAUUGUUAAUUGACUCUUUGUGGACUUGAGGUCACACCUUAGUCUUGCAUUUAAUGUAAACUUUAAGAUUGUGCAGGAAGACCCUGUUUUCUAAUUUCUUUUAGCUUCAGUCAGUUAUUAUUUUUUUUGUACACCAAGAAGGUUUAUCACUGUAAAUGAGCUAAUUUUAUUUUCAUUUUUAUCGUAAACAUGACUCCGUUGUGCAUUUUAUUACAUAGCUUUGAACUGAUUAAAUAAAUGAGAAACAUCUCCCCGUCAGUCUUAAAUGUACUUUGUACAUUGUGAAGGUAAUCUGAACUACAUAUAUUUGGUGAUUAAAAAUGAAACAUAACAGACAACUAACACAUUCCAAAGGAGAAAAUAACAUUCUUUUCUCUUGCAGAUAGUUGGUUUCUUCAGAGGUACUACAGUUUUUUUUACCCAGAUCUAAAAUUGGUUUAAUCUUUUAACAAGAUUUCUUGUGUAUUUUUUUUCCUCUAUACCCUCAUCUGUGAUGGAAUUGCAUUUGAUUUUUUUUCCUUUUUUACACAUCAGAUUUCUCAAUGCCUCAUAUUAGGCAUCAGUACAUUUGUAAGGGAAGUGAUGUGCAGCAGGAAGAGGUGUCAUGGUGUUAUGUAGAUAAUGAGGGUGAUGGCUUUCCUCAGGGACACAGAUAACUGUAAAGAACAAGAAGUCCUUUUACUCUCCGUCUCACAUUCUAGCCGGUCCGUGGCACCUGCUUUUUUUUUCUUCUCUGCUUUGCGCUUACCACUAAAACCAUUUUUGUGGUUUGAUACAGAAAAAGACCAGGAGAAUUGUGUUACAGCCAUAUCCAAAGGUUUUUAUUUUAGUUUUUUUUUUACUUUUUUACUUUUUCUUUCCGCACAGACCAAAAUCAGUAACUGAAGGAAUCACAAGUAUGCCUUUGUGCAAAAACACAGAACAAAGACAACAGAACAAAAGCCAGCUUUUUUGAAUAAAAGAGUACUCACAAGCACAAAAGCAGUUAAUUGACCAUACUCCUCUUUGAAAAUAAGCAGGUAAAGUGCUUAAUUGGACAUAGUUCUUUUUCCUGAAAGCAGACUGAUCGGUGUAAUUGCAUCCCUCAUAAAAGUAUCUAGAUGCUACAAAAAAAUUUUGCUGGUCAAAUUAGCAAACUUCAGUGCAAACUAGGCAUUAUAUCCGCUAAAACGUUUACAGUGUCACCACUCCAGGUGUCCAACAAAGCUUUUUCUGUACAGCUAUAAUGUGUAGAUAUAGGCCAUAAUCUUUCUGCCUAGGUGUGCACUGAUGACCAUUUAAGAUGUAAUUGACUCUUAAACUGUGCUGAACUUGUGUUUGUGCUGUUCCUGGACCUGCUAUUGGCAUAGUUGCAACUGUACAGCAAAUGGUGUAGACAAACAGGCUGACCAGGUGAAGAGUUGACUUCAUUUCUGAAUGUUGAGAGUGCUUUUGACUGUAAAUUCUCUGUGCUGUUGUAGAUACUUGUAUUUGUCACAGUGGAUUAAGUGAAUCAUCUCUUUUUCCCAUUUGGAUUUAUUUUGUUCUUUUUAUUUACUUCCUGUGAAAUACUUGUUUGAUUUAUGUCUACACUUUCUCUCUAUCCUCGAGUCUGUAAACAGUCGUACUUGUGCAAAAAUCAGGCUGAUGACAGAAGUAAAUUGUUGAAACUGGC